ACUAGACCAACGCGCUUCACUUGUUUCUCCCCCAAAGUUUCUUCAUCGUUUCGUUUCGAUCCAAAGAUGAGUGAAGAAACUAAAGAUGACCAGAGGCUGCAGCGACCAGCUCCUCGUCUUAACGAGAGGAUUCUCUCAUCCUUGUCAAGAAGAUCCGUAGCUGCACAUCCAUGGCAUGAUCUUGAGAUUGGACCUGGAGCUCCACAAAUUUUCAAUGUGGUUGUUGAGAUCACUAAAGGAAGCAAGGUUAAAUAUGAACUUGACAAAAAGACAGGACUCAUCAAGGUUGAUCGUAUUCUGUACUCAUCAGUUGUGUACCCUCACAACUACGGUUUUGUUCCUCGCACAUUGUGUGAAGACAAUGACCCCAUUGAUGUAUUAGUCAUCAUGCAGGAACCUGUGCUUCCGGGUUGUUUUCUGCGUGCCAGAGCCAUUGGAUUAAUGCCUAUGAUUGACCAGGGUGAAAAAGAUGACAAGAUCAUUGCGGUCUGUGUUGAUGAUCCUGAAUAUAAGCAUUACACUGACAUCAAAGAACUUCCUCCUCACCGUCUCUCUGAGAUCCGCCGUUUCUUUGAAGACUACAAGAAAAACGAGAACAAGGAAGUUGCAGUGAAUGAUUUUCUGCCAUCUGAGUCUGCUGUUGAAGCUAUCCAGUACUCAAUGGACCUCUAUGCUGAAUACAUUCUUCAUACCCUGAGGCGUUGAAAGCUUUCCUCAGAAGAUUUCUGCAACAUCUUUGUUUCUGUUGCUUUUCAUUGAUAAUAAGAAUCAUAUGAUCCU